AUGUUUUGGUCGCCACAGAAAACAGAACAGCUUGCCAUUCUCCCCGCCUUCAAAUGGUCUUCGCCUCUCAGCAGAUCUCAACCCGUUUUCUCGUUGUCUCAAGGAAUUCAUUUGCAGAAGAAAAGUCACCGUUGAAGAUAUCUCACAAUGUGUCAAGAUACCCCUCCAAAUGUGGACCGCGAAGACCAACUGGUCGCCGAUGACCCUGUCGAAACCGACAGCGAGGCAGACCUCGAGAGUCUGCUGUCUGAGACGACGAGUAUAAAAACCUCAAUGCUUCAGUAUCGUCAGGAAAAUGGCAGAACCUAUCACAAGUAUAAAGAUGGACAAUACUUUGUUCCUAAUGACGAGACGGAAAUCGACAGACUUGAUAUGCAGCAUGAGAUCUUUUAUCUGACUUGGGACGGCAAACUCGGUGUCACCCCGCCAUGUGAGCCCGACGCCAAAGUUGGUCGUGUUCUUGACCUCGGCACCGGCAGUGGACUUUGGGCCAUCGAGUUUGGCGAUCUGCACCCUGAAGCUGAGGUACUGGGUAUGGAUCUCUCGCCCACUCAACCCUCAGAGGUUCCGCCCAAUGUCAGGUUUGAGAUUGAUGAUUUCGAUGAGGACUGGCUCUACUCGCAGCCAUUCGACUACAUCCACAGCAGAAUCAUCAAUGGGGGUGUCGGUGACUGGGAGAAGUUGAUCAAGAAAGCUUACGACAACCUCCAGCCCGGCGGAUGGUUCGAGAUCCAGGAGUCAGAGUUCUCGCCCGCCGCUGACGACGGUACGCUGCCGCCGGAAAAGGCAUUGUCUAGAUUCGCCGCACUAGUUCGCGACGCCGUAAAGGCCUUUGGACGGCCCUUUGUCGAGGUCCCUACCCUGAAGGACAUCCUCACAGAGGUCGGGUUCGAAGACGUGGCCCUCACCCGCUACAAGUGGCCGACGAAUCCCUGGCCCAAGGACCCCAAGCAUAAGAGAAUCGGCGAGUGGAACUUCCACAACUUUGCCGGCGCCGUCGAGACCAUGGCUCUUGCGCCGCUGACCCGCGUGCAUGGUUGGACCAAGGAGGAAGUGUUGGUGUUCUCUGCCGAGGUGCGGAAGGAUCUUAGGGAUCCAAAGGUUCAUGCCUACUUCCCAAUCUACACGGCUGUGGGCAGGAAGCCGUUGAAAGCGGCGACUCCGGCAGUGGCUACCGAGACCGCUCCGGCUGAAGCCUCAGCUUAACCUCAGCGAUUCCGAUGCCCCCUUCGGCUAGCUAAUGGCUCAAGGCAGCUUUGCGAUCUUCAGUUGGAACAGAUCAAAUCAUGAAGAUCUUUGGAAGGGGCCUGGUAUCUUUCAUGAUGUCUUACACACGGGCGGCAUUAUUUCUGAGCGUAUCGAGUUUCUAAUCAAAUUGGGUAGAAAGCCCAUUCGCGUAGUGUUUUCCAGCCUCUCGUGACUUCAUUUUGUCAACUCUGCGGUGAUAAGAUUUGACUGAGAAACUCAGACUUGAAGAAAGAUCCGGGAUUCUGUGUGAAGAAUGUUUUGGUAUUAUUACUUGUGCCUAUUCCAUUGUCACACUUCAGUCGUUCGUUUGGUGCGGCUAGAAGAGAGGAGACACUAGCCUGAC